AUUUAUUUCGCCUUCUUUCCCUCCCAUUCUCCCCAACAGAAUUCCGUACAGAGUAGCCUGAAAAUUUCCCAGCCCUCUCUUCUUCUCCCUCCGUCCAUCAAUCUCUCUCUUUCUCCCGGUCUCUCCGUCCAGCAAUGCCGUACUGCGAGGUGGGCGACGAUGGCAUCAGAAUCUUCUACAGGACGUACGGUCGAGGCCCCGUCAAGGUCCUCCUCAUCAUAGGAUUGGCCGCGACCCACGAUUCCUGGGGCCCCCAGAUCAGGGGACUGACGGGCACCGACAAGCCAAACGACGACGCCGACGGCUUCCUCGCCCCUGAUGACCGGAUAUCAGAUUGCGGAGCUGGCGAUGAAGACGGCUGUGGUGGACGACGAGUCCAGGUCUGCGCUUUCGACAACCGUGGGGUUGGCCGGAGCUCCGUUCCCGCCGAGAAGUCGGAAUACUCGACAAAGAUUAUGGCGAGAGAUGCUAUUGCUUUACUUGAUCAGCUGGGCUGGGAAAGAGCCCAUGUCUUUGGCCAUUCAAUGGGAGCUAUGAUAGCUUGCAAGUUGGCAGCAAUGGUGCCCCAAAGAGUUCUGUCUUUAGCAUUGCUUAAUGUGACUGGAGGAGGUUUUGAAUGCUUUCCAAGGUUUGACAGACAAACUAUAUCGAUCGCAAUCCGAUUUUUGAGGGCUAAAACUCCAGAGGAACGAGCUGCUGUAGACUUGGAUACCCAUUAUACAAAGGAAUAUCUAGAAGAAUAUGUUGGAUCUAUUACCAGAAGGCAAAUACUACACGAAGAGUAUGUGAAGGCUAUAUCAGCUACUGGGAUGCAAUCAAGCUUUGGUUUUGAUGGUCAAAUCAAUGCAUGCUGGAAUCACAGUAUGUCCGAGUCGGACAUCCAAUUAAUCCGCUCUGCUGGCUUUCUUGUGUCCAUCAUUCAUGGAAGGCAUGACGUCAUUGCUCAGAUGUAUUAUGCCAAGAGACUAGCGGAGAAGCUGCAGCCUGUUGCUAGAAUGAUCGACCUUCAUGGCGGGCACCUCGUGAGUCACGAGAGGCCAGAAGAGGUAAAUCAAGCACUUUUAGAUCUGAUCAGAACAUCUGAGACGAAGACCAGCCCAUAUGAGUGGACGAACUUGGGCAAGAAUAUCUCUGGUAAAAUAUUCCCACUCUGAAAGAGAAUGGAUGGAAUCGAAUAUAUUGAUUAGAAGAACACCUGCAGAUGGAGAAAGGAAUGCCUAUGCGAAGAAGAAGGGCAUGCUAGAAAGGCUGGAAUCUUUUCCUGUGGUACCUUUUUCAGGUUAUUUAUGUUGGCAUUCGACUGCCUACGGAAAGCAACAAGAAGAGUAAAGCCUGUCAAACUGGAAGCUUCCCUUUAACAUGGUUGAAGGACCAAGUUAGACCUCCUCCUUUAAAUUGCUAACAAGAAAAUCUCAUUCAGCACAUGCGCGCGAACAAUAACGCAUCCCUGGAGAAUUAUUCUCGAUGCAUUUCUGGGCCUGAACAAGAGACGAAAGGUUUGGGGUGUUAGGGAACAAAAUGGGGGCUGAUUUGUGUAAGGUUGUCACAAAGAGGUCGGGGAUGCUGAUAAUUUGUCAGACAAGGGAACGAUAAGGGAAGAAGAAUAUGAGUUCCUUGGUACCCUUGUCUAUGUAUAGUUGUAAUAUAACUUGUUAAACAGCAACAGAAGUUGCAAUUCUUCUGCAUUGUUUCUGCAGAUCUCCAUACGGAAUGAAAUUUUUGAAAACUCAGACUGAAA